AUGGCCUCGUUUUUUGAUGUCAGCUCUAAGAGGAAAGAUAAAAAAGAAGAGGAAGAAGGCUACGGAGCAGUGUAUGCUAAGCUGGAUAAAUCUGUGGUUUUGCAAGAAGCCCGCUUGUUUAAUCAAACAACACUUAACCCAAGGAAAUGUGUGCACAUAUUGACUAAAAUUCUAGUGAUUUUGGAGCAGAGUGAAAAGUUGGGGAAGGUAGAGGCCACGGAUGCUUUUUUCGCAAUGACCAAGUUGUUUCAAUCCAAUGACCAAAAUCUUCGUCGCAUGCUUUACCUAGUGAUUAAAGAAUUGUCUGCUGUUGCUGAUGACGUGAUUAUUGUUACUAGCAGCUUAACUAAAGAUAUGACCGGCCCAGAAAUUGCUUUUCGAGGUCCUGCAAUUCGGGCGCUUUGCACUAUUACGGAUGCAGCGAUGGUCCAAAGUAUUGAACGCUACCUAAAACAGGCUGUAGUAGAUAAGUCUCCUGCAAUAGCAUCAGCUGUGUUGACGUCAGCAUAUAAGUUAAUGGAUGUUUGUCCGGAUAUAAUCAAAAGAUGGACGAAUGAAGUACAAGAAGCUGCAUCGGGCUCUCGUAUAAUGGUACAAUAUCAUGCUCUUGGUCUGUUGUAUUUAAUUCGUCAAUCUGAUCGACUUGCUGUGACGAAAAUGAUUCAAAAGUUUACUCGGUCUACUUUGAGAUCCCCUUACGCCUACUGUCUCAUGAUAAGGAUAGUAGCAAAGCAGUUGGACGAAGAUGGGCACUCGAAUAAUCCACAAUUAUAUGAGUUUUUGGAGUCAUCUCUUCGCCAUAAAUCGGAGAUGGUCAUAUAUGAAGCAGCUCGAGCAAUAAUUAGCCUCCGAAACUUAACAGCUAAAGAGUUAGCACCUGCUGUGGGUGUUUUACAACUACUUUGUACGUCUUCCAAACCUGCGUUACGAUAUGCUGCUGUACAUACGUUAAAUGCUGUCGCCAGUAACCAUCCUGCAGCGGUAACUGCAUGUAAUCUCGAUCUUGAGCAACUAAUCGGUGAUCCUAAUAGAAGCAUUGCAACACUUGCAAUAACAACUUUACUAAAGACGGGUAACGAGUCGAAUGUUGAACGUUUGCUAAAACAUGUAUCUCCGUUCAUGAGUGAAAUAAGCGAUGAAUUUAAAAUAGUCGUAUUGGAAUCUAUUCAUGCAUUAGCAACAAAGUACCCCAAAAAGUAUACAGUGUUAUUAAACUUUUUAUCUGGACUUCUUCGUGAUUCGGCUGGAUACACUUUUAAGAAAGCAGUUGUGGUUGCUAUCGAAUCAAUUAUCAAACAAAUUCCAGAAGCUAAAAGUAUAGGUUUGUUACAAUUAUGUGACUUCAUAGAGGAUUGUGAACAUGUUAAACUAACACAGCGUAUACUCCAUCUGUUGGGACGGGAGGGACCCUACCUCAAACGUCCUCGUCAAUUUACUCGUUACAUUUACAAUAGAGUUAUGCUUGAAUCAGCUCCCAUUAAGUGCACAGCUACAACAGCUCUGGCGAGGUUUGCUGCACACAAUGAGGAAUUACUUCCGAGUAUUCUUGUACUUCUUAAACGAAUUAUGAUUGAUGAAGACGAUGAGGUUCGUGAUCGCGCAGCUUUCUACCACUAUAUUUUAUCACAUAACCAAGUAGCGUUAAAAUCUGCUUACCUUUUAAGUGAAGAAAUGCAUCUAAGUCCAUCUGGUUUAGAGCGUGCUUUGUUGGAUUAUGUGCACAACUCACACACAGUUGCUGGUAGUCCUUUCUCUUUGGCGACAGUCCCAAUAGCUGAUAUUGUUCAGCCAAAUGAUCUUAGUUCUGCCAUUGAAUCGGAUGUUGUAAAGAUUAAAGCUAAAUCUAAUACGAUGGCUGGUGAAGGUCGAAACGCAUCACUUGCUUCUCAGAUGUCAGGGAAACGUAUUCAAGAUUCAUUUGCUGAGCAGCUGGCAUCUAUACCCGAAUUUUCUGGUAUUGGCUCCAUAUUCAAAUCUUCUUCCUUAGUAGAAUUAACUGAAUCUGACACUGAAUAUGUAGUAUCAUGCAUAAAACAUUUAUUCUCAAGGCAUUUAGUCUUGCAGUUUGAUUGUGUCAAUACAAUGGCAGACCAAGUCUUGGAGAAUGUCUAUGUUUCGUGUGAGCCGGACGAUCCCAUGUUUAACAUUGUCUGCACAGUACCUUGCAAAAGCUUAAAAUAUAAUUCUCCCGCUGUGACGUAUGUUCUAGUUGAGUUGCCGGAGGAUCUAGAAUGUCAUUCUGCUACAUUUAUCAACAUAUUGAAAUUUACUAUCAAAGAUAUUGACUCUGAUCCUUCGGAUCCUGGUUUGCCAGACGAAUAUCAAUUGGAAGACCUGGUCCUAGGUAUUUCAGACCAUAUUCAACGUGUUUCGAAACAGAACUUUACAUUGGCUUGGCAGGAACUCAGUCCUGAAACUGAAGUAGAGGAAACGUAUAUGCUGGUGAAGCACAAAACUAUUAAAGAAACGAUGCGUCAAAUUAUCGAACACCUUGGACUUCAGCCUUGUGAUCAAACUGAUCAUAUGCCUCAUGAAGGAAAGUCAUCUCAUCAGCUCCUUCUGUCCGGAGUAUAUCGUGGUGGGUACCAAGUUUUGGCCUUAUGUAAACUUGCUAAAGUAUUGUCUGAUGCAUCCCUUCAUUCAAACGAACAGGGUGUAACUUUCCAAAUCACAGUACGUUCAUCUGAUCCCGUUGUUAGCCGAAUAAUAGCUGAUGCCAUCGGUUGA